UACGUUACACGGUCCCAUGCCUACAAGUACAGCAGCUGACGAGUUUGGGCUGUUUUUUCUGUCGAAGCCAUCGUCACAUUGUCGGCAGAGCAAUGAAGCUGAAAUAAGCAAUAAAGCGGAAAGCAUAUCCGGACACCUUGCUUCUCAGCUGAGACUGUUUUGUUUGUUUUUUCCCGUCAUUUCACGGAAAUGGUGGCAUGCCAAAGACAUUUCUCCAGCGGUAGCGAAACGAGCCGCGGGGCGGCGAAGAGCAAGCGUCAUCCUUCCGAAGCUCGCCCCGGUCCCAGCACCUCUGCAGCCUGUAAAUUUUCUCUUAGGACCCAAGGUAUCGACUCAGGACACACGUAUAGGUAACUAUGCCUGUGGAGCCUGUACGCCAUGACUGCAUAGAUGAUUUGGUGUUCAAGAUCUCACAAGCAAAGAACUCCUCCAGAAGAUCCUGAUCACUGGUUUUAAGGUUGUCAACUUGCGUCUGGUUGCACUUCCUGGCUUCUGCGGCUGCUCAGCACAUGCUCACCUUCUCCAUGAGAGGCAGGAUGUUUGUAACUUUUGCAGAACUCUGACCUUAUUGAAAGAAAAGGCACCACGUUUUAUAACUUUACAUAAUCGACUGCACAUCAAAGAUCUUUGGCCCUUUGAAAGGCACCUCUACCCCCUCCCCCCAUCCCUCUUUCGUCCCUGCCCAGUACCAUGCUGGGUGCACUCUUUCUGCGGAGGAACAUGUCCCAGAAGCUGAGUGUGCUGCUGCUGGUAUUCGGGUUGGCGUGGGGACUGAUGCUGCUGCGCUACACCGUGCAGCAGCCUCGCCAUCAGAGCAGCGCCGAGCUGCGCGAGCAGAUCCUGGAGCUCAGCCGGCGAUACGUCAAGGUCCUGACGGAGGAGAACCAGAACGCGCUGGGGGGGCCACAGGGAACGUCCAUGGCAGGAUAUGCUGACCUGAAAAGGACCAUAGCUGUGUUGCUGGAUGACAUUCUGACACGGCUGGUCAAACUGGAGGGGAAAAUCGAACUGGUGGCGAAUUCCUCUUUAACAAACGCAUCCCAUGCAGCAGCUGCAGCGGGGGUUCCCGCUGGCCUGCGGAAAGCUUCAAAGCAAGAGUCACCAGGGAGCCAUCCUGGGAUGUCACGUCUUCAUCCACACGUCCCUAAAAGACCUCGACCGCUUUAAGAAGCGCCCCUCCAUCACUGCUCACUGGUGUAUCAGUACCAAGUGAGCGAGUAGCAAUACAGAUAUUCAUGGACAGCCAAAAUCCUAAAGUGCUGGAUGUGAAAUUUCAACCCAGUUGGAGAUGGAAAUUAAGGACUUCUUGAUUCUCCUAUGUUUCCUGCUACAUUGAGACUGUCUAGUUCAUAUUUUAUAUUUGCAUUGCAAACAUUCUUUUGCCUUCAUUUCUUUUUUUCUUUUUUUUUUUUAGGGGUUUUUCUCUUAACCCUGCAGCUUUUGAGCUUUUUGACUGUUAAAGUAAAUGCAGAGAAACCAAAACAAACAACCUGAACAUCUAAUUAGAAAUCUGACACACACACAAAAAAAACACGCCUUAUCUUCCAUAGAUUCACAAGACUAAUACUGAGCUCAACCUUGCACUCAUAAUAAUGAAGGAUGGUUAUAUUUUAGAGUUUUUAGGAGGGAAUAAGAUUGUUAUUUUAGCCUGUGAUUGUUAAGCCUAAAUAAAGUUUCCUCUUAAGAGAUAACCCAAAGAAUAUUUUUUUACCACUUCAGUCAAGGCAAUAUAAAUGUUGCAUUCUAAAUGUGUUUUGCAGAGAGAGUUGGUGUGGAAUGACAGGCUGUCCAACCACUGUAAGCAUCUGUCCCGAGUGUGUGGGCUUCCCAUAUCUGUUGAAACCUAAUGAAUCCUGUGUGCCAUUUAAAGCUGUUUCAAUUGAGGUGGCGAAGAACAUUGAAUGUACUGUGCCGUCGGUAGAUCUGUAUUGUUCAGGAUUCAUAUUGCACUGUGAUUAUAGAGACUGUCUCAAUACACUAGGCUCAUCUCACUUGUGCUUUAGAUAUGUUUAAAGGGGAGGGAAAUAUCCUGGAAUGUUUGUUCCAGUUUUUCUCCUGUAGUUGCUUUCUGUAUUGCUAAUAAACUGGUGAAAUACCUCA